UCCAAUGCCAUCCAAAGCAAACACAUAAACACGUAGAGCACACGAGCCAGACAAGCGAGAGAUGGCCCAACACCAGCAGCAGGAAGCCGUUAUUAGCCACUUCUCCCAUCCAGGGCAUGACCUCGUGAAGCGGCACUACACCGGGCCGUUCCGCUGCGACAUGUGCUGGGAGGACCUGUCCGGCGCCGGCUAUGGCUGCCGCAGUGGCUGCGACUUUGCAAUCCAGGACUCUUGCGCAGGCCACACGCAGACGUUCUCCUCCCUCGAGCACCAUGCGCACCCGCGCGUGCUCGUCCAGACCAGCCACGACGCGACCCUAUUGUGCGACGUUUGCUUGGGAAGCUGCGCCCCGGGCUCUUUCCUCUACCGCUGCCCACCAUGCGGGUUCGAUAUGCACCCGAGCUGCACGCAGCUGCCCCAGGUCGUGCGCAGCGCGCGGCACGCGUACCCGGCGCAUGACCUCACACUGGUCGUCGGCGACGGCCGCUGUGCCGCAUGCAACGGCAGCGCGGUGCGCGCGUCGUACUACCGUUGCACGGCAUGCAACGCCGACAUACACGUCUCGUGUGCAGCGACUUCCACCGACAACAAGAGCACUCAUCAAGCUCAAAUAGCCCUUCAGGCUGAGAUUGUAAGAUCUAGGGUCCAAGCGCAGGCUAACCGAGCCGCGUUGGACCUGCUGCGCCCUUGCUAUACCGUACAGAGAGAGUACUUCAUCUAGAUCUGAUUCUCUGGAUGCAUCUGCUCGGCAAGCCCAAAUGAAUAAAGCGCUUCAACAUUUCGUCUCAAAAUAGCUUGCGCAUACCAAAUUGAGCGUGUUUAUGUUCACAACUUCACAUUCGUGUUUGUUUCCAAUCUCAAUUCAUAUCGUUUUAGUACAGUAUAAAGUGUGCAUCUUCCUCUUUUUUGAGGAACACAAAAUUCUUUCAUUUGUGCAUGAUAUGAAAUCAAAAUGAUGGCAAGUAUUUAUAUGAACCGAAUUUUUUA